GUUUACAUGGUGAUGGUGUCAUCAUGUGCACUGCAAAUGCUUUACGAAUCCACUGUACUUUGUUGGUAUUUCUCACGGGUCAGUACCACACAAAUUUUAUUUUAUUUUAUAAAUCUCUGCCAUUACACUAAUAUGAUUAAUGGCUGAGAUAAUUUUGACUCUGUGGAGGAACGUGGUAGCUCAUUUGCCUCUUGUUUUAUAAUAAAAUAAUAAUUGAUAUAUAAAUGGAAUAAGUUAUUGUGGUUUCUAAGCUUAGCAUGUAAGAAAACUUGUAAGAUUAUUCAUGGACAAGAUGGAUCGAUCACACAAACAAAAACUUGAUUCAUCUGCCUAUUUAAUAGACUAAAGUAUAACUUAAUGCAACUUUUUUUGUGGUUUGUUGUGUAUGCUGGCCCUGCAACUGAGCAAACCAAACAAAAAAAAAUCAUGUUAGCCUACAAUAGUAAGACACAUGUAAAUUUAUGAGUACAAAAAAGUGAAAAUUGAAUGCCAUCUUAGGGUUUUUUACAACAUACUUGGCCCUACAGCUUCAUUAUGCUAGAUUUAUUCAGUAAAUAGCAAAUCAGUAGUGAUAUCUGUCAAUAUCUUCUAAGACUUGUCUCAUUUUUAAAGCAUGUUCACAUACCUUGUGUAUUUAUUUUCAGCCUUCAGUUUUUGCCAUUCUGCAAAACAAGUCACGUUGGUGUUUUCUGGUGGAUCUCUAGCACUGAAUUCAAUCUGUCUGAUCAAUGGCAACCAUACUAGAAUCUUUGCUUGGAUCAUGUGCCAAUAAGUUGAAAGAUAUCAUUACAAAUGAGGCCAUAUUAAUCCUAGGGGUGGAAGAAGAGCUCGCAGAACUGCUGCGACGAGUAGAGUUAAUACGAUGUUGUAUAUAUGAUGCUGAGAAAAGGAGGACAAAAGAGUUAGCAGUAAACAAUUGGCUUGGUCAACUGAGAGAUGUCAUAUAUGAUGUUGAUGAAAUGUUAGAUAUGGCCAGAUGUAAAGGUAGCAAGCUACUGCCUGACCAUCCUUCAUCAUCAUCAAGCAAAUUAGCUGCAUGUAAAUGCCUUUCAAUUUCCUCUUGCUUUUGUUACAUCGGGUCACGUCGUGAUGUUGCUGUUCAGAUUAGAAUUCUGAAUAAGAAGAUAGAGAACAUUUCAAAGGACAAGAUUUUUUUAACACUCAACAGUAGUACACAACCUACUGGAAAGGGUUCAACAUCCAAACUGAUAAGAAGUUCCAACCUUGUUGAGCCCAACCUUGUGGGGAAGGAGAUCAUACAUUCUAGCAGGAAACUGGUUGACUUAAUUCUUGCACACAAGGAAAGUAAGUCUUACAAGCUUGCUAUUGUUGGAACAGGAGGAGUUGGUAAGACAACACUAGCUCAGAAAAUAUACAAUGACCAAAAAGUAAAAAGAAGCUUCAGGCAACAGGCAUGGGUUUGUGUUUCGCAAGACUAUAGUGAAGUAACACUUCUGAAAGAGGUUCUCCGAAAUAUUGGUGUGCAUCAUGAGCAAGGGGAAACCAUAGCAGAACUACAGAGAAAGGUUGCAGAAACAAUCAACGGAAAGAGUUUCCUUCUUGUCCUAGAUGACGUCUGGCAUCCCAAUGUAUGGAUGGAUUUAUUAAGACCUGCAUUGCAUGAAACGACCGCCGGAGUAUUAUUGCUAACCACACGAGAUGAUCAAAUUGCAAAGAGAAUAGGUGUAGAACAUACCCAUCGAGUUGAUCUCAUGUCAGUAGAGGUGGGAUGGGAGCUACUUUGGAAGAACAUGAACAUCGACAAAGAGAAAGAAGUGCAGAAUUUAAGAAACACUGGGAUUGAGAUUGUUCGCAAAUGUGGCCGCCUCCCUCUUGCUAUCAAGGUUAUUGCUAGUGCUUUGGCUGGCAGGGAUGUAACGGAGAAUGAGUGGAAAAAGUUUCUGGAAAAGUAUGCUAGCUCACAAAGCAUGUUCUCUGAUGAAACUGAAGGAGUUUUGUAUCUAAGCUACGAUGAAUUACCACAUCGUCUUAAGCAGUGUUUCCUUUAUUGUGCUUUGUAUAUUGAAGGUACUAUCAUUCUUCGUAGGGAAAUUACCAUGUUAUGGAUUGCUGAAGGUUUCGUCGAGGAGAAACAAGGCCAACUAUUAGAAGACACAGCAGAAGAGUACUACUAUGAGCUAAUCCAUCGGAAUCUCCUCCAUCCAGAUAGUGUAAUUUUUGACCAGGCCGAAUGCAGAAUGCAUGACCUUUUGAGACAACUUGCUUGCUAUAUAUCAAGAGAAGAAUGUUUUAUUGGGGAUGUUGAAACAUUAAGUGGUAAAAAUAUGUCAAAACUGCGACGUGUUAAUGCUAUCAGCAAGAAGGGUAAAGUAGUGUUACCUAGAAUGGAUAAGAUGGAAAUUAAGGUGAGGACUUUCCUAGUUGUUAAUGGUCCACGGAGAAUCGAUGAUACACUAUUCAAGAAAUUUCUGCUUCUUCGUGUUCUGGUACUGAAUUACUCACUUGUGCAAAGCAUUCCAGAUUAUAUAGGAAAACUGAUACAUCUACGCCUACUUAAUCUAGAUUAUACUAGCAUAUCUUGUCUUCCGGAAUCCAUUGGCUCCUUAAAGAACCUUCAAGUUCUGAGCUUGAGAUGGUGCGAGAAUCUGCACAGUCUUCCUUGGGCGACGACCCAGUUGUGCAGUUUAAGACGUCUUGUUCUCGUCUGCACAAAAAUAAAUCAGGUUCCAAAAGGAAUAGGAAAAUUGAAGUUCCUGACUGAUUUACGAGCAUUUCCUGUUGGUGACGGAAGUGAUAAUGUUGAUAUGCAAGAUGGAUGGCAGUUGGAAGAGUUAUCUUCUGUGUCGCAGAUGAGGUUUCUUGGUCUUGUUAGAUUGGAAAGGGUGACUCAUUGUAGUACAAAUACAGUGUUGACGGACAAAAAGCAUCUAAAAGAACUAAGACUAUUCUGGACUGAACAUGGAGAGGAACCAUAUACCGAAGAAGAUGUUAGCAAUGCUCAGAAUGUCCUUGAGCAGCUAAUACCUCCACGCAACCUGGAAAACCUAACUAUUUCACGGUUUUUUGGUCGGCGUUAUCCCACAUGGCUUGGUACCAGCUGUUUGUCUUCAGUGAUACACUUGCUCCUCACCGAUUUACGAUCAUGUGUGGAACUUCCACCAAUUGGGCAGCUACCAAACUUGAAAUAUCUGAAAAUUGAUGGAGCAUAUGCAGUUACCAAGGUUGGACCUGAAUUUGUUGGUUGCAGGAACAGUGAUCCCGUAUGGAAUGAGUUAGUUGCUUUCCCUAAACUUGAAUGGUUAAUAAUCAUGGAUAUGCCAAACUGGGAGGAGUGGUCUUUUUUUGAAGAAGAAACUGCUGAGAAUGAAGGGGGGGAGGAUGGAGCUGCUGAAAUUCGAAAAGAUGAUGUCCGAUCUGCAGGAUAUCAACUGUUCCCUCGUUUGAUGGUGUUGGAUCUCUUCAAUUGCCAUAAAUUGAGGGCUCUUCCGCGACGGCUUGGAGAGGAUACCGCCAGCUUGAAGGAGCUCAGAUUAAUUGGAACAAACAACUUGAAGGCCCUGGAGGACUUCCCACUGCUGUCUGAGCUCCUUAUUAUUCAGAAAUGUGAAAGCUUGGAGAGGAUCUCCAACCUCCCUCAAGUGACAGAGCUGCGUGUACAUGGCUGUCCGAACUUGAGCCAUGUGGAGGGUGUGGGAAGCUUGCAGCAGCUGGGGCUGGGCGAGGAUAUGCAAGAGAUAUCUUCCUGCUGGGUGUUUGGUCUUCAAGAGCAGCACCAACGACUUCAUGGCAAUGACCUGGAUAUCUACACAUUGUCUACCAGUUAGAUGGCAAUGAAAACACAAGGCUGGACUGAAGGUGCAGUUCACUUGAGCGGGCAAAGCAUGAUGAGGCAUACUAAGUUGAGGAGGCCUGUCAAUGUUGAAGGUGCACAGGUAGCAUGAUGCGUACCAAGCUGGUGAAUGAAGUAUUCUGUUUUCCUUUGGGAAUACUGUAUCGCAUUUCAUUUUGUUUAUAUCUGAGUUCGGGCCAGACGCCUUUGCUGUACUAAACCUCCCAUGUGGUAUGCUUUCAGUUUCCGACGAGUUUCGUUUUAUUUUUUUCCUGAACUUGGGGCCAGAGGCCUUUGCUGUACUGAACCUGUGUGACACAGUUUGGUUCUUUGGAUGUAACCGACAAACUUUAUUUUCACGUGAUUGUAUUAUUUGAAUGGAAGUGAUGCAUUUCUUUUUA